AUGACUUACUUGGGCCUAAGAGGCAAGCCCCUCAGUAUCGUGCUGAGUAUAAUCGCUGCGACUGCCUUCGCAUUGCAGGGCUACGAUCAGGCCGUCAUGAAUGGAUUGGUGACUCUGCCAACAUUCCUGCAAGUCUUCCCGCAGAUGAAGGACUCGAAAAUUGAAGGGACGGCGGUCGCCAUCUACGAAGUGGGCUGUGCGUUGGGGGCGCUCUCCUGUGCGUUCCUUGGGGACGUCCUGGGACGUCGCCGCACCAUCUUCACCGCGGGAUGUGUUGUCGUAGUCGGAGUCAUACUACAGACUACCCCAUUCAGUCUGGCCCAGCUGAUUGUGGCCAGAAUUAUCACAGGACUUGGCGUGGGCGCAUUGACGGCCACCAUUCCCAUGUGGGUGUCGGAGUGCUCAAAUGCCAACGAACGUGGUCGCCGGGUCUUGCUGCAAGGAUUUUUUGCUAUUGGCGGCCUUACAACGGCGGCCUGGAUCGAGUUCGGAUUGUAUUUUGUCAAUGACAGUCAGGUGAAUUUCAGAUUCCCCAUUGCUUUCCAGGGUUUCUUUGCCCUGAUAGUCACCUCGCUUGUCCUCUUCAUGCCCGAAAGCCCCCGUUGGCUCAUCAAGAAGGACGAGAUGGAGAAAGCUCAGGCCGUCCUGGGUGCUCUAGAAGAUAUGCCAGAGGACUCUGAGGUGAUCACUACAGAGCUGCAAAUCAUCUAUGAUACAUUCCAAGAAGAGAAGCGGGACGCCACCUCGGUCUUCGCAAUGGGCCCGGAGCGUCAAUUUCAUCGUGCUUGUCUCGCCAUUUUUGUCGCCUUACUGGCACAGAUGACGGGUAUCAAUAUUGUGACUUUCUACUCGACGCAGAUCUUUCAGAAACAGCUCCACUAUACUGCGGUCGACGCGCGCAUCUUCUCUGGCUGCAUUCAAAUCUGGCAGUUUAUCUCUGCGGGGAUUGCAGUUCUCUUGAUUGAUCGAGUCGGGCGGAGGAAGCUUCUGAUGGCAGGAGCAGGCGGCAUGGCCAUCGCCCAUGCCUGCCUGUGUGGCCUGAUGUCAGACCUGAGCAAUCUGGCCGCGGGCAAAGCCGGCAUUUUUUUUUACUUUGUGGCCAUGUUCUUCUUCCCGGUGGGUCUCUUCCUGAUCCCUUUUAUGUACGCAAGUGAGAUUGCUCCCCUCUCUGUCCGGCACAAAGUCACUGCAAUGGGCGCCUGCACAAACUGGCUCUUUAACUUCUUGGUGGCGGAGGUGACCCCAACCGCUAUGACGAACCUCGAGUGGAAGUACUACAUCGUUUACGCCACCAUUAGUGCUUUUGCCUUUGUUGUUUUCUAUUUAUUUUACCCAGAGACCAAGGGUCGCACGCUGGAAGAGAUCGACGAGAUCUUUAUUCGGUCCAAGUCUAUCUUUGAUCCGGUUGGGGUGGAAAAGAAUUUGCCUAGAAAUGGUCUCGUCGGCGUGGAACGUCGUCAAGAGGAAGCACUCCAAGAGAAAAGUGCUGGUGCACAUAUCGAGACUGCUUAG